AUGAAUAUGGGCAAUGCCAAUGGGGAGCUUGAUAAUGAGCUAGUUCAAGCACAUGCUCACGUUUUGAACCAUGUUUUUAUAUUCAUAAGUUCCAUGUCUCUAAAAUGUGCACUUGAUUUAGGUAUCCCAGAUAUCAUUCAAAACCAUGGCAAGCCCAUGACGAUUACUGAGCUGGUUGAUGCACAACCGAUGCUCAACUCUACCAAAGCAUGUAACAUUUAUAGGCUCAUGCGCAUUCUAGCUCAUUCGGGCUUCUUUGCACAUCAAAAGUUAGACGGUGAUGCUCAAAAAGAAGGAUAUGUUCUUACCAACUCUUCUCGUUUGUUGCUCAAGAAUAAUACUUUGAGCAUAACACCUACUUUGAAAGCUGCUAUAGAUCCUAUUUUCACAAAGCCUUGGAAUUUUUUAGGGGCUUGGUUUCAAAAUGAUGAUCGUACCCCAUUUGAAACCGCACAUGGGAAGAUAUUGUGGGAUUAUUGUAGCCAAGAUCCACAAUUAAGUGACUUGUUUAAUGAAAGCCAAGCUUGUGAUUCUCGAUUGGUUACUAGUUUUUUGGUUGACAAGUGUAAAGGGGUGUUUGAGGGAUUGAACUCCCUUGUAGAUGUUGGGGGUGGCAUAGGAAUCGUGGGCAAGGCCAUUGCUGAUGUAUUUCCACACUUGGAGUGCACUGUGUUUGAUCUUCCUCAUGUUGUUGCUGGCCUGCAGGGUAGUAAGAACUUGAAAUAUGUUGGAGGUGAUAUGUUCAAGACGUUUCCAACUGCAGAUGCGAUUUUAUUAAAGAUGGUAUUGCACGACUGGAAUGAUGAAGAAUGCGUGACGAUCCUAAAGCGAUGUAAAGAGGCCAUUUCAAGCCGAGAUAAUGUAGGAGGGAAGGUGAUUAUAAUAGAGAUGGUUUUGAGGGAGGAUGAUGAUCAGGUGUUUAAAUCAAGUGAAACAAAGCUCUUCUUCGACAUGGAGAUGUUGGUGUUGGUGAAUGGAAAAGAAAGGCUUGAAGAAGAAUGGAAUAAGUUGUUUUUAGCAGCUGGUUUUAGUCACUACAAAAUUACUCCUAUUGUUGGUUUAAAAUCUCUCAUUGAGGUUUACCCCUAAGAAUCAUCGAUUCUUGCCUUAUGAAUAAUGAUAACAAAGCUAUAGUUAGAAGGGUAUAAUUGCCCUACUC